AAACAUAUGGUAGAUUAAGUUGGAAUUCUCCACUAUGUGGCAAUGUCGAAAAGGAUAUUAAUCGUGAAUAUGACGAAGAGGAUGAAGCAAAAAGAUAUGUGCGUUGGAGAUGGGGAUCUGCAAAUUUAAAUAAGCGUAGUUUUUCGAGAGGAUUCCUUAGACGAAAGAAGUCGAAUAAAAAUGAAAAGAUCGAUGAUGGGAGUAAUGAUGAUAAUAUGGAUGUAGUUGUAAAAUGA